GUACGAGUUAUUUUAAAAUGUGUACGUUUCCGGAAAGUGCAACUUCGGGUAUCAUGUAAAAUAUGAUAUUUCUUUUCCUUAGCAUUGAGUGUUAAUCAAUGCAACAAUGUUCCUGAAAAAGUAUUCAUUGACAGUUCUUACUGGAUAUCUUGUGUUCAUAACAAUUCUUGCCACAGAAAAUUUGCCCAACACGGAGGGAAAACAAAGCGGUAUAGAAAUUGAUACCCAAAAUCAGGAAUACACUGAGAAAGAUCAGCAGGAAAGGAAAGUAGUGGAUGACACAAAUGGAGAAGAGAUUCACAAUAUACAACCAAAAACUGAAAAAGAAGGAGGGGAGAAAUUGGUAGAGAAAGAAGUGAGCAAUGAACAGUUAUUAACUGAGAAAAGUCCAAAUGCUGAUGUCAAGAAAAUUCUGGAUGGAGAACAAGAUACGAGUGUACCACAGACAGAUGAAUCUAGAAAGGAAUCGGGUGGUCAUGUGAAGAUGUCUGAUGCUGAGGAGGAACCUAGUCAAAGCUUCUUCUCCUUUAAAAACUUUGUGAAAAAUUUGGUUAAUCCUGUACUAGAAGAACUAGAAAAAGGAGAAAGUGUGAUUCAGUCCGACAUAAAAGUACCAACUGAUGUGAAAUUCAACGAGUCUGUAUCAACCAAUGUCACCAACACCUCCGUUCCACUGACUACAGAAGUAAAAAAUAAAACUGAAAAAAAAAGCAAAUUUACCUGCAUUGGCAGAAAUUAUACAGCUGAGAAUACAUCGGUGAUGAUUGUUAACAAUACUCAGUUACUAUCCAUUUUAAGCUUUGAUAAUAAUAACACAGAGGGGGACUGCGUGUUGGUCUUGUUUUUUGUGCCGUAUUGUAGAUUUUGUGCAGAUAUGGCUCCCAGUUUUAAUGCCCUAGUAAGGGUGUAUCCUCAGCUAAAUGUCAUUGCAGUAGAUGCAGCCCAGUUUAGCAAUUUAAAUGCCAAGUUUGGAACUGUCUCUGUACCAAACAUCCUUCUGUUUCACCAAUCCAGAGCAGUGGUGAGGUUUAACAGCACUGAAAAAUCUUUUUCAAACCUUGUGUCGUUUGUGAAGAAUGCAACAGGUUUUGAACCCAAUACAACUGUAGCAGUCAUGCCAGAGGAUUUCAUUGGACCUUUACCAAGCUUUGCUACAGAGACCACAGACUACAUGCUGCUGGUGUCAUGGCUGUUUGUUAUUUUCUGCAGUGGUUUUAUGUUUGUUCAGUCUAAUCUUGGUCAGCAGUGGAUCAACAGAGUCAAAAUACUGUGGCAAGAACACCAGCAUAUUGACUAGUGACCCCUCAGAUCUCUCUAUUUCUAUAUAUUUCAUUGCAUUCCCAUUAGUAACCUUAAUAUUUGUUUCAUUUAAAAAUCUUUUAUUAUAUACAUUGUGUAUAAAUAUCACUAAUUGAACAUCAGCGUAUAAAACAGAUACAAAAAUUAAUACUCUAUAUGCAAUUUUAGUCCAUGUUUGUAAAGAAAUAAAUACUUUUUAAUUAA